AUGAAACCUAAUUUAUUCUUCUUUAUUUUAAUUGUCAUCUCUUACAUAAUAAAAGUAUCUGGAGAUAAAGAACUUAAUAAGAAUUUAUUAUGUAAAAACAAAAAAUUAACAAACGGUCAACAAAUUCGUCAAGGAUCUUGCUCACAAACAAUACAAGGAGAAAUCCCAUCUGUCAAUAAAAUGCCAUCAACGUUAAUAAUAGAACCAAUUAAUGGUCAAAUACUAAAAUCACAACAAUCAUUUAGAGUUAAAACAAAAACUUCAAAUUUAAUAACCGGUUUCUUCACCGAUCCAAAUGAAAAAUAUUAUACCGAACCUCAACAGUUGAAAAAUGGCGUGAUCAAAGGACAUUCUCACAUUACCAUACAAAAACUUGAUGGUAAUAAUUUACCUGAUGCAAAGGAUUUUGCAUUCUUCAAAGGAUUGGAUCAACCAGAUAAAAAUGGAAUUUUAUCAGUUAAAGUAAAAGGGUUAUCACCCGGUGAUUAUAGAAUUUGUACUUUAGUCUCAUCAUUCUCUCAUCAACCUGUGAUAAUGCCAGUUGCAAAACGUGGUUCACAAGAUGAUUUUUCCAAAUGA